CCAUUCCGCCCUGGGCGUGGCGGCCAUUUUGUUUUCCACACGGAGCGGGAGUUGACGGCAGCGGCCGUGGUGAAAGGAAGGAAAGGGCAGGCCGGGUGAGCAGGCGGACCGGCCGACCGGACGACCAGCCAAGAGCCACGAACCAACUUAGCAAUCUACCGCUUAACACAUCUAACCAACCGCCCACCAAGUUAACCCGAGCCCCUCCACCGUCAACUCAGGUUCGGCCGGUCCCCGGCCCACCUGCCGCAGCCGUGGUGGCAGCCCCGGGAGGAGCACUGGCGUCCGUUUCCUUCGAUUCUCGGGAUUUGAAGAUGGCUGCACAGUCUGCGCCGAAAGUUGUGCUAAAAAGCACCACCAAGAUGUCUCUAAAUGAGCGCUUUACUAAUAUGCUGAAGAACAAACAGCCGAUGCCAGUGAAUAUUCGGGCUUCGAUGCAGCAACAGCAGCAGCUAGCCAGUGCCAGAAACAGAAGACUGGCCCAGCAGAUGGAGAAUAGACCCUCUGUCCAGGCAGCAUUAAAACUUAAGCAGACUUUAUAUGCAAGUCCGGACAGUGGCUGUGGAAGGAUAUGUCCAAGCUGUGGCUGGGCGUCUGGAGGGCGGUGCCAUGCAACUGUAAGGACUUUAACUGGAAGCACUGCAUGGCUGUGCAUAAAAUCAGCAGUUAAAUAUAACACCCUUCCACCCCCACCCUGAACCAUUGGGCUCAUUGACCAAAAAUAAACAAGGCCUUCUGCUUCAGCUACCUUAAGCCUUGGAGUGGCUGCAUUCAUCCCUGACUCAGGAAAGCAGUACAAGGCACCACUGUUCUCUAAGAGUAAAUAUUAAAAAUUGCUGAAGACAAGUCUGACAUAUUCCAAAGGACAUUUUAACAAGCUUUAAAUACAGUCCAUGCAGAAAGUAGCCUCUAGAGCAGUGGUAUCCCGUAGAACUUUCUGCGAUGACGGAAAUGCUCUAUCUAUAUCUGUGCUCUCCAGUACAGUAGCCACAUGACUGUUGAGCACUCAAAAUAUGACUAGUGUGAUUGAGGGGCUUAAAUUUUUUAUUUAUUUAUUAACUUUUUUUUACUUGUAAUUUAAUAGCCACAUGUGGCUAGUGGAUACCUUAGCCUAUAGCAAGCACAGCUCUAGAGUGGAAACUGGAUGGUACAGCUGACAUACUUCAGCCUCUUGUUAAGUUAGAGAAUAGGGUUGGUGGCAAGUCAGGACUGGGAAGGGAGAAGAACUUCUAAGUACUGUAUAGUCUCCCCUUAAAGCACAGAUCUUGAGAGGAUAUACUUGGAAUGACCAAACACAGCAGACAUGUAGAAUGAAGUCUUGACCUUGUGUCAUUCAGAGCCUGUCCCUCUGAUAAGCAGUUUAUAAUCUUAUGCUAAUAAUAAUAAUUCACAGCACAUGGUUGCAGUGAAAAUCAUUUGUAGUAACUUGUGUGUGAAGCCUGAGAAUACAUAAUUUAUUUUCAUUCAUAUUAUGGCUUUUUAGGAGAGCAGGUUUGCUAGGGCUUUGGUGUUCACGGCUACACAGUCACCCAUUCCUUUGAAGGAAUUUAAUUGAGAUCUCGUUUUCAUGGUUUCUCUUUGAGGGACAGAUUAUUGAAAAAUCUCUAUGGUCUAUCCUUGUUCUCACAUGUGACCCUGAGUUUUAUGAUUAUAGCUCAACUCAAUUCUAAUGCAGGUUUGGCUGGAUUUCUAUGGAGAUAUAUUUGAGUUAUAUGUUUAUUAUAAAUUAAAGGUCAUUAUACUGACUUAACGGAGCUGUUUGCAAAGGAAUUAUCACUAUUUAAGAUAUGUAAGGAAAGGAGAUUUGACUUUUUUGUGUUUAUUUACAUCUUAAGGUAAAAAGUGGACCGUCUGGAGAUAGAUACUCAGAGGAAAAAUGGACACACUGGCCUCUUUGACUGAGAAAUCAAACUUGUUCUUGUGUCACAAGAAUUCAAAUGAACUUAUAAUUUAAAUUUUGCCCAGAGUGUGAUGAACUUCUUUGGUGUUUGAGUAAGCCUUUGAAGAGAGUGGUAGUCCUUGGGCAGGUAUGAAUCAAGUCAUAUCAUUGUCAACUGGUGAUUCAAAAUCUGCAGAAUCCACGAUCUGAAAUGUAGUGUUCUUAUGAAAAUUUACAUUCCAAGUAGUGGUAUAUGACUUCUAUAGUCAAACUAGUGAGAUAAUUUGUGGUGAUGCCAAUUUCAUGGAACCAUACUCAAGCUUCUUAGAAGCUCUGGAUCAAAAUUCUGCUUUUCUUACACUGUGUUCUGAGGCAAAGGCUUGCUUCUGGUUUGGGAUCCUUGACAGCAAGUGCAGGUUUAUUUCCCACCACACAGACAUCUCGCUUCUUUUUCUCUGCACUUUUAGUUGCUAAAUCCCAUUGGAUUGCUUUUUUGAUCUCAAUUCCCUAACACCUUUUC